AUGGCAUUCAAGUUCGUCGCCCUCGCCGCCCUUUUGGCCACCGCCAACGCCGGUGUGCUGCCCGCUCAGCUGUCCUACGCCCAGCCGGCUCAUCUGGCGUACGCCCAGCCGGCUCAGCUGGCCUACGCAUCCGCGCCCGUGGCUGUAGCCCCCGUGGCGAAAGCCUUGGCUGUGGCCCCCGUGGCGAAGACUGUGGACGCCGACUACGACCCCCAUCCUCAAUACAGCUACGCCUAUGACGUCCACGACAGCCUGACCGGCGACGCAAAGAGCCAGCAGGAGUCCCGCGACGGUGACGUCGUGCAGGGCAGUUACUCCCUGAUCGAGCCUGACGGCACCAGACGCACCGUCGACUACACCGCCGACCCGGUGAACGGAUUCAACGCAGUCGUCCGCAAGGAGGCCGCCGCUGCUCCUCUGAUCGCCGCCGCACCAGUCGCGAAACUCGCCACCCCAGUCGCCAAAAUCGCCGCCCCCCUCGCCUACGCCGCUCCAGUCGCAAAGAUCGCCGCCCCCCUCGCCUACGCCGCUCCAGUCGCCAAAUACGCAGCGCCGCUCGCCUAUGCCGCCCCGGUAGCGAAAAUCGCCGCUCCAUUUGCCUACGCCGCACCCGCCCAAGUCGCCUAUUCCGCACCAGCCGCGUCCCUUUCCUACGCCGCUCCCGCCCCGGCCGCCUACAUCCACUGA